AAUUUACAUGGGGGGGUUAAUGUUCAAUAGUAAUUUCACUUUAUGAAGACAUUUUUUUAAAAAAGUGGAGGGAAAAUGCAUCUACUUACCAACUAGUAACACUGUCUUAUAAUUUUUUUAAUGUUCUCCCCUCUUUGCUGUUCAUAGAAAUUAUUUAUUACAUAGCACCUUUCAAAAUAAGUCACAAGGUGCUUCACAAGAACAAAAAAAAUUAAAGAAUAAAACACAUAUAAAAAUGGAUAAAAAAUAUAAAAAAAUGGGAAAAAUGUCAAAUAAAAUUUGAUAUGAAGACAAAAACUAGUAAGUAAUGGUGAUACAGGAUCCCGAGUAAAGCACAAUUAAUAGAAACCGCAGCAUGAAAUAGGAAGUCAGAAAAAUCAACAGAAGGUCAAACAAAAGCCAGCCUGAACAGAUCUGCUGCUUUUUAAAUGAGACCACUGAGUCCACUCCUAACUCUCACCAGGCAGGUAACGUAGACUUUUGCAUCAGUUCUUGCCAGCGUUAGAGGUCCGCGUCCAGUUUGAUAGUUGGACAUUUUAAAUAUUUAGAGGGAGAUUGUAACUAACCUGUAGAGACUGAACAUUUAAAAGCGAGUGUCUGACUUUCAAAGUGAACAUUUCUCUGUUUCUUGGCCUACUUAUCCAUCUUACCUGUCGUGUGGCGGAGUCAACUGAUAAAAUCUAGUCUCACAGUUUGGGUGAACAGAUCACCUGCUGUGGAAAAUGUUGAACAAUACAUGACAGCACGCAGACUGUCAGCGUGUGGUCCACAUCCUGCAAAGAGGAAACUCUUGUUAAGACAUGUGCCUAUUAUUUACACAGAUUAGCGUGGGCAGACUUUUUAGAUUAAUUAACAAAUUAGGGGGAAAAAUGUGGUUACUUGACACGGUGUCAAAGGGAUGGUGGCGCCAUAAUUAAUGGUUAUUCUAGCCUUAGCUUUGGGUUACACAGGAGCCAGUUGUCUAACAGAUAAUCCUUUCAGAGCAAUGUCACCCAACUCAUUCUUAGCCAUGUAGGUAGGUGCUGAUGCUUGUGGACUUCUCAUCACCCUAGGAGUUUCUGAUCUUGUUUUUCAAAGGGAAUGCAAUAUUAGUCUUUCCUUCAUUUUUGACACCUUUCCGUAGGAUGGCUUCAUCUGGUAAAAGUGAUAAACUAUCCAAAUUUGAGAUGCUGAAGCUUUUGGAAAAUUGCAGAAAGGAAAGAGAUGAUGCUUUGCAAAGAGAGAGUGUUCUAAAGGAGAAACUCAGGCAGUAUGAGACAAGGAUGCGUUCAUCUGAGGCUCAAAGACAAAAGCUGAAGACCCUGAUGGCUGAAACCAAAGAACUAAAGAAACAAGUGAAGACUCUUCGGACUGAAAUUGGGCUAGAGAACAGCCCCAGUUUUAACGGGAAGACUACCAAGGACGUAGUCAAUGACCUGCGUGAGAAGGAGCGUGAGUGCACCUCUCUGGUAGAGAAAUCUACAAAACUUAGUUUGACUGUUGAUGACUUGACAGCAGAGCUGUCAAAUACAGUCACCACCAAGACACUUUUAGAAGACCAAGUACGGUCGCUGCAGCAAAAUCUCAAGGAUAUGACUAAUAACCAACGCCGUCUAUUGAAGCUGUGGGAAGACAAGAAGAUCCAAAGGGAGCAGCUUACUCUCCCUGUUAUCACCCAGAGACCACUUUCUCACAAAGCAGCUCAGACUGACAUGUCUGUCAGCACAUUCCAAAAGCUUCCACCUAAUGCUUUUGAAACCAAGACCACCUCUAAGGACAAUGACUGAAGGCUGUUCCAGAAAAACACAGUUCAAGAUUUGGAAACAUGAGAAAUCCCAUAAUGCACAAUGAAGCCAAUAAAGGAUUUCAUCAGCAUGGACACUGAACAUGACAGACUUAAUUGAAUUUACAAAACAAGAAUUAUGUGAUAAGACAAAAUAAGACUGGCAUAUUACAAAACUGAGGUUACGCAUUACAAAACGUGAAUUAUAUGCAACAAAAGUUACAGUUACAAAACAUGCUACAAAACUUGCUACACGUUACAUGUAAUAUUGUCCUAAUCCUAGCUCCAUACUUAUUAGAUUUGUUUUGCUUUGUAUAUGUCAUUAGAAACAG